AUGGCUGCUUGCGAUGUGACACUUGUGUCGCCCAAUGGUGAGACCGUUUCGAUUCCGGCCGCUUCUGCAUGGAAUCAUAUCGGACUUCUGCAAAGGCUCGCUGAGUUAGAUGAAAGUGGAUGCACAGAGAUGCCAGAGAUCGAACUUGGUUUCUCUACAGAAGUGUUGCGCGCCGUUGCCGAUUACCUUGAAAAGAGCAGCAGAUUCGUUAUUGACGCACGUAGGCCCCUCACAGGGUCCCUUAGAGACUUUGUUCCGGAGUGGAAUCUGGAUUUUGUCCGCGGUGCUGAACGGCGUGAGAUACUUAUGCCGCUCUUUGAGUGUGCGUGCUUCUUGUGCGUUGUGGAACUGCGGGAGCUUCUCGGUGCCUAUGUAGCAGAGCGUGUGAAUGAAAUUGCAAAGGAGGCACCUUCCAUUAUGGAGGGAGCUGCAAGGUUGCGCACAUAUCUUCAGCUGGAGAACGAGUGGACAGAAGAAGAAACUGAACACCUUGAACAGGAGAUGCGGUAUGCGAAACAAGUUGACCCGUUCGCAUACUAA